AUGCCGCUCUGCGCCCCGGUCAGCCACGCGACGCCCGGGCCCUUCCCUGCCAGGCCCAGCUCCGGUCCCACCCCUCCCCUCGGCAGGUCUCCCACGCCCGCUAACAGCAGCCCACACCGCCUCCCGCGCAGUCCCGCCUCCCGCGGGCGCCGGACGACGGCUCCGAGUUCCUGCGGGGCCUCUGGCCGCCUGACGACCUCCACCUCCCGGCCACCACCGGAGGCCCCACCGCCCCGCCCGGGAGCCUCCUCCGCCGUCUCGCCCCACCCUCCACCGGGGCCAAGGAGGCCGCAGCGACUCCCUCCUCGACCCGCCCGCGAGCCCGCGACCCCCACGGUUCCUGCUCCAGCAGCCCGAGGCCGCCACGCCCCUCGCAGGCCCGGCCGGCCCCGGGGUCCCCGGAGUCUCCCAGCUUCGCCCCCUCCCCGCGGCCUCCAGGGACCCCGAAGCGCCGCCCCAGCUCCCCCAUCCUCCCGGCCUCGGCCCAGCAGCAUCUGCACCCUCGGCGGCCGCGAGUCCAGGGCCAGCCCCGCCGCCGCGCUAGCCUCAGCCACGGACCUCUGUCCCAGCCCCGCCACCUCGGACGCCGCGUCGCGCCUGCGCGACGUCACCACGUCCUCAAGUACCCACCCGGAGGCUGGCCUACCUCCCAUAGGUCAGUGA